GGGGGCGGCGGCCGUGGCGGCUGCUGCCCCGCGGGUGGCGGCGGGGUCCACCGGGCCCCGGACUCUCUGGCUCGUCAGGGCCCCGCGCGCUGCCUCCUCCUGCUCCGGGGGGCCCAAGAUGGCGGGCCGCGGAGCGCAGAGGCCCACAGGGCCUCACGGGGCCUGGGCCCGAGCCCCAGCCCCGACCGCUCGGCGCUGAGGCCGGAUCACCGGAGCGGCGGCGGCCGUGGCGGCGGCGGCGGCGGCGGCGGCGGCGGCGAGGACUUCUUCCUGUUGCUGCUUGACCCGGUGGGUGGCGAUGUGGAAGCAGCGGGCGCGGAGCAGGCCAGAGGGCCGGGGUGGAGGGAGGAGGCCCGGGCAGGCCCGCGGCCCGAGCGGCGCGAGAGCGGGGCGACCCCGGCGGGCCGGCCCGAGCCGGGGCCCCGCCGCCUGCCGGCCGUCCCGGCUCCGUCUCCGCUGCCCGCGGCGGGCCCGAGCCCCGGCCCGGCGGCGGCGGCGGCCUUCGCGGGCACCAUCACUCUGCACAAGCAGGACCUGCUGCUGCGCCUGGAGAACGGCGUCCUCACCCUGACCACGCCCCCGCUGCCCGCCUGGGAGCCGGGGGUCGCGCCUCUCCCGGGGCAGCCGCAGCCGGGGGCCCUAGGGGCCCCGCAGGCCGGCCUCCCGCCCGCCGCCGCGGCGCAGCUGGGCGACUGCCCGGAGCUGCCCCCGGACCUCCUGCUGGCGGAGCCGGCGGAACCCGCGCCCUGCCCAGCGCCUCCGGAGGAGGAGGCCGAGGCCCCGGCCGCCGCCCAGAGCCCCCGCGGGCCUCUGGUCGCGGGCCCGGGCGUGGUGCUGUACCUGUGCCCGGAGGCGCAGUGCGGACAGACCUUCGCCAAGAAGCACCAGCUGAAGGUGCACCUGCUGACGCACAGCAGCAGCCGGGGCCAGCGGCCCUUCAAGUGCCCCCUGAGCGGCUGCGGCUGGACCUUCACCACGUCCUACAAGCUCAAGAGACACCUGCAGUCGCACGACAAGCUGCGGCCGUUCGGCUGCCCGGUGGAGGGCUGCGGCAAGAGCUUCACCACCGUGUACAACCUCAAAGCGCACAUGAAGGGGCACGAGCAGGAGAACUCCUUCAAGUGCGAGGUGUGCGAGGAGAGCUUCCCCACGCAGGCCAAGCUCAGCACCCACCAGCGCAGCCACUUCGAGCCCGAGAGGCCUUACCAGUGCGCCUUUUCUGGCUGCAAGAAGACGUUCAUCACCGUGAGCGCCCUGUUUUCUCACAACCGCGCCCAUUUCAGGGAACAGGAACUCUUUGCCUGCUCCUUCCCCGGCUGCAGCAAGCAGUACGACAAGGCCUGCAGGCUCAAGAUCCACCUGCGGAGCCACACCGGAGAGAGACCUUUCCUCUGCGACUUCGACGGCUGUGGCUGGAACUUCACCAGCAUGUCCAAGCUCUUGCGGCACAAGAGGAAGCACGAGGACGACCGCAGGUUCACCUGCCCCGUGGAGGGCUGUGGGAAGUCCUUCACCAGGGCCGAACACCUCAAGGGCCACAGCAUCACCCACCUGGGCACGAAGCCUUUCGUGUGCCCCGUGGAGGGCUGCUGCGCCAGGUUCUCUGCCCGGAGCAGCCUCUACAUCCACUCCAAGAAGCACUUGCAGGACGUGGGCGCGUGGAAGAGCCGUUGCCCGGUCUCCACCUGUAACAGACUCUUCACCUCCAAGCACAGCAUGAAGACCCACAUGGCCAAGAGGCACAACCUCAGCCAGGACCUCCUGGCCCAGCUAGAGGCCGCGAACUCUCUCACGCCCAGCAGUGAGCUCACCGGCCAGGGGCAGAGCGACCUCAGUGGCGCGGAGCUGGUGUCUCUGUUCUCUGAGGUGCCUGGCCACGGUUCUGCCGCGGUGCUGGACACAGCCUUGGUCAACUCUGGGAUCCUGACCAUCGAUGUGGCCUCUGUGAACUCGACCCUCACAGGAAGCCUCCCUGCCGAUAAUCACCACGGCCAUAGCCAUUCCCUAGGGCAAGCGGUGGACCCCCGGGGCUUGAGGGGGACCCCCGCUGACCUCCCCCAGAGCCUGGAUACCUCUCUCUUCUUCGGGACCUCUUUGGCCGGUUAUCAGCAGGGCCCCUUAGACAUGGAUGACGUCUCCGCCGGGAACGCGGGGCUCUUUGGCUCUCUGGCUCUGAAAAACUCCAGCCUGGAGCCCCAGGCUUUGACGCCCAGCAAUAAGUUAACCGUGGACACGGAAGCUCUGACUCCCUCCAGCACCCUUUGUGAAAACAGUGUCUCAGAGCUACUGACCCCAGCCAAAGCGGAGUGGAACAUGCACCCCGAAUCGGACUUCUUUGGGCACGAGGAGGAAACCCAGUUCGCCUUCUCCCAUCCAGCAGGAAGCCAUGGUUCUCAGAAAGAAACAGACCUCAUCGCGGGGACUGGCACCCCGUUUUUGGUAUGAGCCCUCCACUCUGCCCUCUGCCCGUUUCCUGCCAACUUGGGGCUCGUUUUCCUUACACUCAGAUUGGAGGGUGCUCUGGACUGAACGCUUGCGUUGCCUGGGUGCAGUCCUUUCUGGCUGCUUUGCCAAGGAACGCAUCUGUGGACUGCGAUUUUAGAGAUCUGAAUGCUGGUCUGGAGUCUGGAACUGAUGAGUUCUGUGAGCAAGUCUCUUAACCUAGCUGAGCC